AUGCGGGUGGUCCUGGGCCCAGGAUCCCCCAUGCACUUCUCUCGAAGUCCUCUCAGUAACCCCAUGUGGGGUGGGGAAACUGAGGGCCGGAGCGACCUGCAGCUGGCAGCAGGCAGUGGGGCCCAGUGGUUCGAGGCCCAGCUGGAGGUGAAGCUGGUGAGGGUGGGCAACCCCGUGGUCCUGGCCGGGAACCUCACCCUGCAGGUGGGCAGCAAGCUGGCCUUCUCCGCUGCCCUGAGCAACCUGCUGAGUGACCGGGCCCACGUGUCAGUGCUGCUGGAGAAGAAGGUGGAGGACGGGCUGCAGGUGGUGGCCCUGGGCGGGGACCUCUUCCUGCCGGGGCUCCUGGGACUGCACGCUCUGGGCCUGCUGCAGCUGUGGGGCCGCCACUGGACCAGCUCCCUGAGGAUCAAGUGCGGCCUCCUGGGUACAAGCUGGCAGCCGGAGCAGGAGUGUAGCACCAGGCAGGAGCUGUGGGCAGAGCACGGCGCAGGCGACAUCUGCAGGCUGGCACUGGGCCAUGAGCUUCACUGCACGCAGGUCCCCGCCUUCAGCCACAAGGUCCAGGUCCAGUAUGAGGAGGACUCGGGCCACGUGCACUCGCAGCUGGAGGCCAGCUAUGGGGAGCAUUGGGACCAGGCCAACAAUAAGAGGCACCUCCGUGUCAACCAGACUUUCAGGAACGACUCAGACCUGGCCCUGAGCAAUUAGUUCAUGGAGUCUGUGCUGCAGGUGCCCCAGUGGCAGGUGGAUUACCGGACACAGCUAUACCACUCAAGCCUCCGCCAGCCCCAUGUGGAGAGCAGCACACACCUGAAGGUGCAGUACAGUGGGCGGCUGCCCUUUGUGGCCGGCUUGCAGUGGAAGGACACAUCCCAGGCCACCCUGUGGAAGUGGGAAGGAUCCUUGAACCUGGAGAGUCCAUGGCUGAUGAUCUCUGCAGCUCACAGGCUACACUGGCCAGGCCAAGCCGUGUUCCAGGCUGUCCCGGAGCUGACUCUGGGCAAGGCCUGGGCCCUCAAGAACCUGGUGGUGAACGUGGCCUGCAGGAGCCAGGGCCGGAACAGGGAGGGCAAGAUCCACAUCUACACCCCGACGACCACCUACCUCCGGGUUUCCACAGUGACAGCCUUGGAGCGGAGACUCUUCCACAGCCAGAAUGAACUCAAGUCCAUCUGGAAUGCAACUGUGAAGAGUGAGAUCCACACAGAGAACAGCCAGGACCGAAAGAUCCUUCACUGGUGGUUGAGGGGCCCCCAGCAGGAGCUGAACCUAACUGCAGCCUAUGGGCACGCAGAGUGGCCCCAGAAGACCCAUGUGUCAUUGAUGGCUCUGGGGACUGGCACACAGGGCCAGUGUCAGGGCCUGCACCUGGAGGGCAAGCUGGAGGAGCUGAAGAGCGACAGGAGAUCAUACCAGAAGCGGGGGACCUUCCUCCUUAGGCACCCCCUGGACCUGCCCAUCCCAUGGAGCCUCCUCCUACAGGAGACUUUCACGGCUGAGAAGCAGCUCCAGCAUUUCUCCUUGGAGACCCGCGUGGUCCUGAACAGCCAAGAUGAGACCCUGCAGACUAUCGUCCUGGGCUACCAGGCCGGACACCCCUAUGUCUGUGCAGGCCUGACCCACCCCUACAGCAGCAAGGCCAUCCCCAGCAACAUGGAGGGAUGGCUGGUUACUUGGAAUCUGCACACUGCUGAGAACCAGGAGGUUGAGGCCACCUUGAAAGUCAACCAGAAGGUUGUGCUGCCCUUGAAGGGCCUGCACCGUGACGGGUCUCAGCAUGGGGAAAUCUGGCACAGCCUGGCCCUGGACAUGGCCCACUCCUCCCAGCUGAAGUUUCCCCAGGCCCUGAGCUUGGAUAGGAUUGUCAUCUUCAGACGGAGUUCCCAGGGAGUCUUUGUCUAUGGUGUGGACGCACGAGCUGCCGUCAAUCACAACGUCACAUCCCAGGUCGGGGGGCUGCAUUCUCCUCCCUUGCUGGCCGAUAGGGGAGAGGAAGGGUGCCUCAACGGCUUCCUGUCCGUGCACGUGGCCAGCCAGCAGCUGCUGCUGCUGGAGGCCCACACCAGCCUGGACAUGCAGGGAGGCAGCGGGGGCUGGGGUGUGAGCAUCCUCCUCCACCAGGCUGUCCUUCCCGCCCCCAGGGCUGUUCAGCUGCAGCUGUCGGGAAAGGAGGCACCAACAAGGCUUGGGCUGUUUUCCAAGGCACUGCUGGAUCAGAACAAAGCACAGCUUCUCUUGAAGGUGGCUGAGGAGUGGAGGGGAGGCUGGGUCCUGACCCUGCAGAGCCAAGCCCAGCACACAGUGGCUGACUGGGCAGCGGUGCCCCAUCUCCUGACCCUCACAGGCAUGCUGAAGCAGAAGGAGAUGCUCAGAGAGGGCACCAUCAAGGUUACUGCCAACUCAGCUCUGCUGGGCUUCCUGCUGUGGGACAAGCAUGAGAAGAACAGCAGCCAGGCCUUGCCAGGCGCACUCCGGCUGAGGGGCCAGCUGCAGGCCUGGUCAAGGAGUCUUCUGGGCCAGGCUGCCAUCCAUGCCGAUGCAGCCAGCCUGGCUCUGGGUGGGGCCUGCGCCUGGGGCCCCGGGCAAGGCCACCUCAUGGGUAGCCUGAGUCACAACGUCAGCGCCUUGAGUGAUGCAGGCAUCCCUGAGGAGGCAGAGCUGGUGUUGUCACUCAUGCGUGUGGCCUCCAACUGCUCCGCGCACGUGGGGCUGCGUAGUGCCUGGGGUCAGCUGGAUGCCUCCCUGGGCCUGGCAGGCGCGUGCCCUGGCUCUGCCGGCAGCCUCAGCCACACCGUGCCGGGCCUGCAGCACUGGGACCCCCACUUCUCUGUGGAUGGCAGUGAAUAA